AUGGUUGGUACAAGUUCAAUAGAUGCAACGGAUGCUUCUUUUCUUAGAAAGAAUUCGAUAUAUUUCAAUUUUCAGUUACGAAAACCACUGAUAGAGAAGAGGCGACGAGACCGUAUGAAUGUCAGUAUAGACAACCUGAAAGCUAUCCUCGCCAAGUCCUCCAAAAAUGCAGGUUCAGUGGUGAAGAUGGACAAGGCAGAGAUUCUUGAAUUGGCUGUCGCCCAUCUGUCCCAGUUACAACAACAACAACCCAAGAGCUCGAGCGCAAAUCACGUGAGUUCCUACCGUGCUGGUUUCAGGGAAUGCAGGAAGGAGACAGUCCGGUACCUUAGUUCUGCCACACAGGUGUCAUCCCCUCUACUUCAGGACCUUGACAACCAUCUGCAUAACGUCUGUGAUACUUCCCGCCAAAAUGAGGUCAUCAUGUCGUCUGCUGCAAGAAGACAUAGCUUUGUUCCGGAACGUUUAUGUACCAGUUCACCGACGAUAGACUUGCCACCGGCGCCAGCGUUCAGCCCUUUUUGUAGAAACAGUAUGUUUUCUCCAAUCUCUUCUGUUGAUAUCAGGGGAGAUAGAGUGCAUUCACCUUUGGACAGUAUGUUUGUUAACUCUAUGAGCAGGGCUAGUUCUCCGUGCAGUGCACCGAGCCCAGCUCCAUCCACGUGCAGCUCGGCUGCGUCUGAUUCUAGUAUUUCCGGAAUAAGUGUUAACUGUGUAGACUCGAAUUCUGACUUCGAUGGAAUUGCGUCUAAAAGUGACAUUGUGCUAGGUCAUGUGAUCAAGCAGGAGGCACCGUGGAGACCUUGGUAAAACAACAUCACGUGCAUUUGUGACCAAUGUAAUUGAUUUCCUGUAGUGUUCACGAGAGACACUGAAUGAUUAUAUGUUUUGUUUUGUAUCAUUAUCAUUUAAUGAGUUUUUAAAGAUAUUACUAAUGUGCUAUGUUCUCUUUGUUAAUAAAUGUA